AUGAUAAGGGGUAAACCAUCGGCUGAAUAUAGACAGAUGCCGAGAUACAUAUACAUGCUAAAUACUAUUUAUCCAAAUUCUUAUAUAAGGAUGCAGAAGACUGAGGAAGAUGAAUUUAUGUAUCUGUUCGUAGCCUUAAGACCAUUGAUUAAGGGGUUCGAUUACUGCGGACCAAUAGUUGUUGUCGAUGGUGCACAUCUGGGCGAAGCUUACAAAGGGACAUUUGUAUCAGCAAGCACACUUGAUGGGGCAGGUUGCAUAUCUCCAUUGGCAUAUAGUGUUGUGGACACUGAAAAUGACUGUUCUUGGACAUGGUUCUUCGAACAAUUCAAAAAUGCAUUUGGCGAGCGCGAAGAAAUGUGUGUUGUAUCAGAUAGGAAUGAGAGUAUUAUGAAGAGUGUAACGAUUGUGUUCCCAAAUAUACCUCAUUAUGCAUGCAUAUGGCAUCUUUGGAAGAAUGUCUGUGAAAACUUCAAAAGGAGCAGAAACACCCUAAGUGAUCUAUUUUACUCUAUGGCCAAGGGAUACAUAAAGGAGGAUUUUGAUAAAUUGAUGGCUAAGGUUGAUAAAAUUGAUCACAGGGUUAAGGAGUACAUUGAGGAUGCCGGGUAUGAGAAGUGGUCGAGAGUUCAUUCAACAGUAAAUAGAGAUAGAAUGAUGACUUCGAACAUUGCAGAAUUUAUCAAUGGUUGUCUUGUUGAAGCACGACAAUUGUCUAUAUUAGAAUUAUUGGAAGAAGUUAGAAUUCUAUUUGGUUCUUGGCAUUGCAAAAACAGAGAAAUAGCCUCUUAUACAAAGGACACAUUGGGGAGAAGAUUUGAGGAGGUAUUGAUUAUAAACGCGUCUAAAAGUUCGAUGAUGGAGGUAUGUGUCAUGAUACAUUAUUUUAUAUUCUAUGUUGUUCCAUCAUCUGAAUUUAUUUUCUCGGUUUAUGAAGCUGGAAGAAGAUACAUUGUUUGUCUUGAGCAGAAAGUAUGUUCUUGUGGAAGAUUUCACCUAGAUGAGAUACCUUGCGCACAUGCAAUCGUUGUUUUAAAGGAAAAGAAUGUUAAAGAUAUGCAUCUAUAUUGCUCUGAUUACUACAAGCCUGAUGUAUUAGCAAAAACAUAUGAGAUUCUAAUGGUUCCAAUGCCAGAUAAGGAAGAUUGGUCAGCUCUUGAGGAUGUUGUAGCUGAAACUGUGUAUCCACCUAGAUACAGACGAUUAGCUGGACGACCAAGGAAAAGAAGAAAAAAGAAUGCAGAUGAAAAGAUUACAGUGAACACAAAUUGUUGUGGACAAUGUGGACAAAAAGGUCACAACAGAAGAACUUGUACUUUCUUUCCAAAAGAAAAGUGA